AUGGUGCAAUUCACCGUCGAGGAGCUCCGUGGGCUCAUGGACAACCCGAUCAACAUCCGGAACAUGUCCGUCAUUGCCCACGUCGACCACGGCAAAUCCACCCUCACCGACUCCCUCGUCCAGCGUGCCGGUAUCAUCUCAGCAAAGAACGCCGGCACCGCCCGUUUCACAGACACGCGAGCGGAUGAGCAAGAACGUGGUGUCACCAUCAAGUCCACCGCUAUUUCCCUCUACGGCUCGUUGCUUGAUGAGGAGGAUCUCAAGGACAUCCCCGUCAAGACGGAGAAGAACGACUUCUUGGUCAACUUGAUCGACUCGCCGGGCCACGUGGACUUCUCCUCCGAAGUCACCGCCGCUCUGCGUGUCACUGAUGGUGCCCUCGUCGUCGUCGAUACCAUCGAAGGUGUGUGCGUGCAGACCGAGACUGUCCUGCGACAGGCGCUCGGUGAGCGUAUCAAGCCCGUUGUCAUCAUCAACAAGGUCGACCGUGCUCUCCUCGAGUUGCAAUUGUCCAAGGAAGAUCUGUUCCAGAACUUCUCUCGUGUCAUCGAGUCCGUCAACGUGGUCAUCGCCACCUACUUCGACAAGGCGCUCGGUGAUGUCCAGGUCGUCCCCGACAAGGGCACCGUCGCUUUCGGCUCUGGCCUCCACGGCUGGGCUUUCACCGUCCGCCAGUUCGCCACCAAGUACUCCAAGAAAUUCGGUGUCGACAAGAACAAGAUGAUGACCAGACUUUGGGGCGACUCGUACUUCAACCCCAAGACCAAGAAGUGGACCAAGGAGGGCAAGCACGAGGGUAAGGAGCUUGAGCGUGCCUUCAAUCAGUUCUGUUUGGACCCCAUCUUCCGCAUCUUCGAUGUGGUGAUGAACUUCAAGAAGGACCAGAUCCCCACUCUCCUCGAGAAGCUGGAGAUCAAGCUUGCCGCCGACGAGAAGGACCUCGAGGGCAAGGCUCUCCUCAAGGUUGUCAUGCGCAAGUUCCUGCCUGCCGCUGACGCCCUGAUGGAGAUGAUGAUUCUCCACCUGCCAUCCCCCGCCACCGCCCAGCGGUAUCGUAUGGAGACUCUUUACGAGGGUCCCCACGACGACGAGUCUGCCAUUGGUAUCCGCGACUGCGACCCCAAGGGACCUCUCAUGUUGUACGUCUCCAAGAUGGUGCCCACCUCCGACAAGGGACGAUUCUUCGCCUUCGGCCGUGUGUUCUCCGGAACUGCGCGCUCUGGUCUCAAGGUCCGCAUCCAGGGCCCCAACUACGUUCCCGGCAAGAAGGAAGACUUGUUCAUCAAGUCUAUCCAGCGUACCAUUCUCAUGAUGGGCAAGUACACCGAGCCCAUCGAGGAUGUGCCCGCCGGUAACAUUCUGGGUCUGGUCGGUGUCGAUCAGUUCCUGCUCAAGUCUGGUACCCUCACCACCUCCGAGACCUCUCACAACUUGAAGGUCAUGAAGUUCUCCGUCUCGCCCGUCGUGCAGCGCUCCGUCGAAGUCAAGAACGCCAACGAUCUCCCCAAGCUCGUCGAAGGUCUCAAGCGCCUGUCCAAGUCCGAUCCUUGCGUGUUGACCUUCAUCUCCCCGUCCGGUGAGCACGUCGUCGCCGGUGCCGGUGAGUUGCACUUGGAAAUUUGCUUGAAGGAUCUCGAGGAAGACCACGCUGGUAUCCCCCUCAAGGUCUCCGACCCCGUCGUGCAGUACCGCGAGACCGUCGCCGGCGAGUCCAGCAUGACCGCUCUGUCCAAGUCGCCCAACAAGCACAACCGUCUGUACGUCAUUGCCGCUCCUUUGAGCGAGGAAGUGUCCAAGGAUAUCGAGAGCGACAAGAUCAACCCCCGCGACGAUAUCAAGGUUCGUGCGCGCAUCUUGGCCGACGAGCACGGAUGGGAUGUCACCGACGCCCGCAAGAUCUGGUGUUUCGGUCCCGACACCACCGGUGCCAACUUGCUCGUCGAUCAGACCAAGGCUGUGCAGUACCUCAACGAAAUCAAGGAUUCCGUCGUGUCUGGUUUCCAGUGGGCGACCAAGGAAGGCCCAAUUGCCGAGGAGCCGAUGCGCAGCUGUCGCUUCAACAUCAUGGACGUCACCCUGCACGCCGACGCCAUCCAUCGUGGUGGUGGCCAGAUCAUCCCCACCGCCCGUCGUGUGCUCUUCGCCGCUACCCUCCUGGCCGACCCCGCGCUCCUCGAGCCCGUCUACCUCGUGGAAAUCCAGGUGCCCGAGCAAGCCAUGGGCGGCAUCUACGGUGUGCUCACCCGCCGCCGUGGCCACGUCUUCGAGGAGGCCCAGCGCCCCGGUACGCCGCUGUUCAACGUCAAGGCCUACCUGCCCGUCAAGGAGUCGUUCGGCUUCAAUGCCGAUCUCCGCUCCGCCACUUCCGGCCAGGCCUUCCCGCAGUCCGUGUUUGACCACUGGCAGGUCCUGCCGGGCGGCAGCCCGCUCGAUCGGACCACCAUGCCCGGCGCGGUCGUGGAGGAGAUGCGCAAGAGGAAGGGUAUCAAGACGGAGGUGCCGGGCUACGAGAACUACUACGACAAGCUCUAA